AAAAUUCGCCUUUUAUUUAUAUAAAAAAAAACGCAAUUACUUUUUGGCCAACCCAAUAGCAUGAAAUCUUCAAUUAUGUAAGAAAGGAGACUUGCCUUUUGAUGUUAUCCUGAUGUCUUAAAUGAGUAUUAUAACGCUAUUUAUGACAUUGCAACUACUUUUAGUUUACUACAAAAUAUCUCAAUUUACAAAAAUUAAUAAAGACAAUAUAUGAUUAAUCAUAUCAUUUAAAUUUAAACUUUAAAGUUUAAAAGUAUGAAAAUCGCAUAGAUUUUUUUCACAUCAUUUGUUGUUUCGCUUUUUCAAGGUUCUCUUUCUCUGGAAGGCCGCUUUUCGUAAUUCACACACACCUGAUUUUCAUUAGUACUCAGCAAUUAGCGACGGCAAUCCAAUUUUGCAGCUGGGCGUAAAAAGUCCUUGCAUUUCCAAGUUAGGUAGCGCGGCAUCACCACGCGCACCACGCUCGUAACUCGACUCCUCGCAAAAUUUACGGCCGGCGUGCUGUGAGUGAAAUAAUCGUCAACCCCCUCGUCGCUUCGCAGUUGAUCUAGUGUGUGUACAGAGUACUUUUGAAAGUUGAGACCUAUAAAGCUUAAUCGACUGAUAAAGCACUCGAGAAACGUCACGUAGAUUGCGUUUGAAAAAUUGCAAGAAGUUUCAUAAAAACGCGGAAAUAUAUAAUAUUUUUUUCUAAGAAAUAUUUGCCAAUAAAAAAUAAAUCAUUGUUAGAUAAUAAUUACGCAAAACUGAUGAAAUGAUUUAGAUAAGUUAUUGGUAAUUACAAUAGUUUUCAAACGAAAAAGUGAAAAAUGGAAAUGUUAUUUGUUCGUUUUUCACAAAUUUAGAACUUAUAAACUUUAUUUCUCAUAAUUUAAAGGAGAAAAAUAUAUAUAAAAAUUGUCAGCGUCAUUUAUUCCGUAUCGCGUGGCGAGCAAUGGGGAAUCCAGGUGGCGAAGUAAGGGUACUAGACUCCCAGUACAACCGCAACGUGCGCCCGCGCACGCUCGUCGCCGCGGCGCGUCGCGUCGUCCUGCAGCAAACCAGAUCGUCAGUCCUGCCGAGGAUCCUUGCAAGGGUGCUCGCGUAUCCAUUCUUCAGUGUCGAUCGGUUCGUCACUUCGGAGUUGAUGAGUGAAUAUCAAUGAUUGACAUCAAAUGGAAAUUUUUAUGGAAAGUUAAGUGAAAGCUGGAAUACCAAGUGUUUGUAAGGUGUAACAAUGAUUAUUUGAUUAAGUUUUUCUUACGUUCAUUUCAUUAAUGUGUGCAUCUUUAGUAGUUAUGCAAUGGAAUGCUCAUUUUAUCGUUUCCUGUGGGUUGCAGUUGAAGUGUAGAGUGCAUUAAUGAUUCGUAAAUAGAUUGUGCAAUUUUUACUGAUGAUAAAUUACAAAAAUCUCAUUAGUGACACAUUUCUGAAUUUCUAUUAAUUUUUUUAUUAAUAAAUUAAAUCUAAAUCUAAACUGCUGUAAGAAUAAACAAAGCUAAAAAAAACCAGAACAAUUUCAAAACAGUUUUCUUCAAUAAAUCCAAAGAUAAAUUGGAAGUAAAGAAAGAGAAGAGAAAAUUUAUAUAUCAUUAAUAAAUCAUCCUUCAAAAAAAGAUAAAAAUUACAUAUCAACGUGAUGAGAUUUCAAAGCAGGCGCUUUGUCAUCAAUGGAAGUACGCCUACGUAUUAAGACGAGAUUCUCUGAGACUAGCCAAACCGGAAAAACCGAAUGCGAUUCUGCGAGAAUCGUCAUCAACGACUCGUCAUUCUUCUGGACUCUCCGGAAUCUUGUUCAAGAUAGGUUGCGAUAUAGAUUGCGAUCCUGAAGAAUCGCACUUCGAAAGAUGAAAGAGGAACAAUGUCGGGUCUCAAGACGCCCGCGGUCCACCCUCGCAGUGGCAACGGAACCAAGCCGAAGAGUCGAAUCUGUCGACUGACACCCUCGCGAUCCCUCACACCCUCUCUAGUGGGAAACACUCCGCGAAAAUCCGCGGAAGUGGCCGAAUCUUCGUCGUCGAGUCCCAGCAGAUCGUCCACGUCGCCGCGUAGGACCUCCAGCGAUCGAAAAUCGCCCAGACGAUACCUGGAGGAGCGUCAACAGGCGCAUCAGAGUCCCAAGCGCUCGCCAAGAAGGUUCCUAUCGUUCUUGGACGACGACUCGUGCCACGAAGAGAUGGGACUUGGACUUAGGGUGUCGUCGACCUCGUCGACUUGCGUCGACGAAGGGCCCGGCAUGUCCUUCCUGGAGUUCGAGACUCUGUACACUCUGGAAAAGCAGAUGCUGAUGCAAUCGCAGUGUAAUCAAGAUCCGGUGAUGGUUCAGCUGUUGGACAGCAAGUGCACGACGACAACGACAACGACGAGUGGAUGGUUCGGUAGCGGAGGCAGAAGGGGUGUCUAUACAGAGCUUCCGGAUCCCAUGCUGUGUCACCAGGUCGGAAGCACGUCGGCCGCACCUGUCCCCAGCUCGCAAGUGCCGACAGAAGGGUUUAGUUUUGCUCCCGGAUGGUCCUUGAACGCGGACCAUUUUUAUCAGUGGCAACAUCGCGGGAAGACAACACAGCAGAUCUACACGGAUUGGGCGAAUUAUUACUUGGAACGAGGGGGUUGCAAAAGGAGAGUGACCGAUCUCCAGGCCGACCUUUGUGACGGUGUCCUUCUGGCUGACCUGGUGGAGGCUGUCACCAAUCAGAAGGUGAUCGACGUGAACCGGAAGCCGAAAAGCGCCCAACAAAUGGUCGAGAACGUGAGUCUGUGUGUGGGAGCGUUGCGGGCCCUAGGGGCGGACGUGGGCGCCGUGAACCCGGGCGAAUUGGCGGCAGGAUCAACCCUGUGGCCGGUGCUGGCCCUGCUCUUCGCCCUGUCGCGCUACAAACAGCGGGCCAAGCAACUGCAGGACAUGCCCAGACUGCCGUCGCCCUAUAACAAGCAGUCGUCGGGGGUUGGUGGCGCCGGGGGUGGCCCGGGGGCUGGCACGAGCAUACCCCUGCCCGCGACCGUUGCCGCUACGAGGAGAUGCCCCCCGGACAAAGUCAGACCGGCCCCGGCACCGACGCAUCAAUCACAACUCGGUAAGUUCCAUCAACCAAUCCGUCCCAUUCCCUUGAUGCAAACUUUUCGAUGCAAACAGCGCCGCAUUUUCCGGAGAAACGUGAAAGCUUCGCUUCCUCAAAAGCGCAGGGAGGUGAAAAGUAUUUAACAUAGCAAUAUGGUACGAUUAAUUCCAUAUUAAUUCAAAUGCAAUAUUUUUAAUUUAUUUUAAAUUUAAAAUUAUUUGACUUAAAAAUUAUUAAGUCUCCCAAAUAAAUCUCAAUUCUUCUUUAAUUAUCGAGCAAUGUUAAUAACCGAUGGUAACCAUCAAGUUUUGAAGAAAGCCAAUUUAACUAAAUAUUAAUCGUCAAACAUUGCAAAUAGCUUUUAGGAGUAAUUUCUUCUGAAGAUUCGUCGCGCGCGCGCGCGCUCCGCAUUAGCAUAUCCCAAGUACUCGUGAAGAUUUUAAUUUCCACUUUGCCAGAUCUCGUUGAAAGUUCUGCUUCGCUCUCGUGGAUAUUAUCGAGCAAUUAUCGAGCGAUGUUGAACCCAGGCAACUUUAAAGUUUCUCGAAUUUCUGCACCGUCGCCUACCACGUCGCCACGUGGUGACAGCUUUCCUGCACCCUGAAGCUGUCAACCCCAGCAAUUUCUUUGUACCCUUGCGCUGGGAAUCCAAAGUUACGCGUUUAAUACCAAUUUAAUAAACGCACAACCCCCUGCGAUUAAUCUCACAGGGCUUUUUAUUUACUCGUGAUUAAUAAACCCAAGUCGCAUGGUCUCUCAAUCAUUCCAACUGUGCUUUAAAUAAUUAGGUUUCUAAUUAAAAAUUUUGUUUCCAAAUCUUACUCAAAAAUUUAAAUAAAAAAUAUCGCGUUUGUUUGAUUAUAUUCUUUGAAAAACACGUUGUACAAUAUGUGCAUGCAGUAAUUCAAAUCGCGGAUUGCCAGAUAGACGUCUGAUUGGUCUGACAUCCCGCGUUACUCGUUUAAAACUUGUAACUGCACAGAACGGGAAAAACUGGCAGAAUUGGAAAAGUCAAACGUGCUGAAGCGCUGCAGUUUUGAACAACGGUCGGCAAUUACAGAAAGCACCGCGGAAUUUAUUAUUUGUAUCGCGGUUUGUUCCCGACAUCGUUCGUUCGCUACAUUUUCACGAAUGGGAAUUCAUUGGCGAACGAGUCGCGCGAUAUUCGUUGGCCACAUCGAUCUUUCCGCGGUCGACCGGUUUCGCCAGCCGGUCUCCAUUAUUUUUUCAUCGAGCCACCCGUAAUAUCGUUGCCGGAAUUUUAUUGCGUCAAUCGUUAUCACCAACUUUUUGCGUGAGCGUGUACAGAGUGUCCCAGAAAUUCCGCACCUCCUCCGUGUUAACGACAAAUUUUAGAAGAGUAAAGUCCCCGAUUAUGAGAUACUAUAUCGAUUUUGCCGAAUGUAAGGAAGUCUAUAGGCAGAAUUUAAAAA